AUCAACCUGAUGUUUAUACCUAUACUGUGAUUGUGAAUGGUCUGUGUAAAAUUGGGAAAACCAAUGUGGCCUUUGCUGUUCUGAAAAGAAUGGUCGAGGAAGGUUGUGAGCCUGACGUGGUGUCAUACAGUGCUAUCAUUGACAGCCUCUGCAAGGACACAUUGGUUGCUGAGGCAUUAGACCUCUUCUUCAAAAUAAAGAGCGAAGGUAUCUUACCUGAUGUUGUGGCCUACAGCACCUUAAUCCGUGGUUUGUGUAUGUCAAGCAGAUGGAAGCAAGCUUUUAUGUUGCUUAACCAAAUGUUGAGAGGAAACGUCACACCAAAUAUAAUUACCUUCAAUACUUUGGUUGAUGGACUUUGUAGGGAAGGAAAGGUUUCAAAGGCUCAUGGUGUAGUUAAAUUGAUGAUGCAGGGAGGAACAGAGCCUAAUGUUAUCACCUACGGUUCAUUGAUGGAUGGAUAUUGUCUACACAACCAAGUGGAUCAAGCUAGAGAAAUAUUUGACCUGAUGAUAAGCAAGGGUUGUGCACCUGAUGUUUUUACCUACAACAUCUUGAUUCAUUGUUACUGUAAGAGAAAAAAGAUAGAUGAGGCAAUGCGGCUUCUUGAUGAAAUGCCUUGCAAAGGCUUGAUGCCUGACGAUGUUACUUAUAGUUCUCUUAUCCGUGGCUUGUGUAAAGCAAAGAGCCUUUGGGCUGCACAUAAGUUUUUCAAGGACUUGUGUGCUAGUGGCUAUUCUCCCAACGUGGUGGUGUACUCAGUUUUGAUAGAUGGCUUUUGUAAGCAUAUGUGUCUUGAUAUGGCAUUGGAUCUAUUUCAUGGAAUGCAAAAGAACUUGUUGAAGCCUCACCUUAUUAUUUAUAGUACCCUAAUUGAUGGUAUGUUCAAGGCUGGAAAGGUUAAAGAUGCAAAGGAGCUGUUUUCUAGAGUUUCCAUAGAAGGAUUGCAGCCUAAUGUUUUCACAUACACUAUAAUGGUCAAAGGACUUUGUAAAGAAGGAUUAUUAGAUGAAGCAUUAAAGGUUUUCAGGAAAAUGGAAGGGAAUGGUUGCUCACCAGAUAAUUGCUCUUAUAAUGUGAUUAUCCAAGGAUAUCUCCGACACAAUGAUUUGUCCAUGGCAACAGAACUAAUUGAUGAAAUGGUUGGCAAGGGGUUUUCUGCAGAUGCGACUACCGUGGAGUUGGUAGUAAAUAAUGAUCUGCUUGUGAAAAUGCUACUGAGCUGCUCUAAAAGUUCUCAAGGUGUGAAGAUGAAGUGAGAUUUUAAGAAAGAAGAAUUGUUAUACAGUCAGUGGAGAUGUUGUUCUGGGAGAUGUUGUUCUGUUUUGGGUUAUAUGACUUAAAUUUGUCUCUAUUUUCUGCAAUUCAAUAUUUAUAUUUGUAUCAGACUUCUAUGCAGCUGGCCUUGGCAAUAAGUUGUAAUACUAAUUGUUUUUGUUUGCUAUCAAGAGAAAAAAAGUAGCAGUGUUUUUU